AUGGAAUGUCGCACGAUGGAAGGCUUCCUCCGGUGGAUGAUUGUACUAGCGGUGGCCACUAGCUGGGUGGAUUGUUAUGGCAGUGAACGCCAUCAGCCGCCGGUUGCCAAGCAUGGCAACGUUCAGCCACACGACACCCGAGAAGCGGCCCGAAUUGCAGCCCGGAUUGAUGAGCUGGACGACGAGGAUGAGGCAAAUCCUUGGGAACUAAGUGGUUUAUUCGAAGGAGAUAUACUGCUGGAUCCAUAUCAUUCUAGAAAUGGAUUACGGAACGAAACCAUGAGAUGGACGGAUGGGAUAGUGCCAUAUUAUAUCAAGGAUGAUGAAUUCUCGGAUGAGGAACAGUUGGUUAUUUUAAAUGCAAUCAGAGAAUACCACCAGAAAACCUGCAUUAAAUUUCGUCCGUAUAACAAAAAGGAUACCAAUUGGGUCGUGUUUCGUUCGAACGCCAGUGGCUGUUGGUCCAGCGUGGGGAUGCAGCCGGAUGGACAAACUGUCAACUUACAGUCCUCGGGUUGCGUCCGGCAUGGAGUAGUCGUUCAUGAGGUGUUGCAUGCGUUGGGAUUCUUCCAUCAGCAAAGUGCCUCCAAUCGAGAUGAUUACGUGCGAAUCUUAUGGGACAACAUCGAGCCAGGUCACGAGCAUAACUUUAACAAGUACAACGAAAGUGAAGUCAGCAGCUUUGGCAUUGAGUACGACUACGGUAGCGUCAUGCAUUACUCGGCGAAGGCUUUCUCCAGGAACAGUGAACCCACCAUGGAGGCUCUGCAGCCAAACGUGACACUCGGUCAGCGCAAGGGACUCAGCGAGAAGGAUAUCAGCAAACUCGAACUGAUGUACCAAAGUCAGUGUGAACAGCGCAAGGAAUCAGAAACCGCAGAGCCACCAGGAUUUAUUGAUCAAUUCAAUUCACUGCUUGGAAUAUUGAAAAAACCUUAA